GAUCUCUGCAAGGAGAGGUUGUGUCUCCGUUCUUUCCGCCAUCUUCGUUCUUUCUCACUGACCGAGACUCAGCCGUGAGCGAUAUGAGUGAGCAUGUAACAAGAUCCCAAUCCUCAGAAAGAGGAAAUGAGCAAGAGUCUUCCCAGCCAGUUGGACCUGUGAUUGUCCAGGAGCCCACUGAGGAAAAACGUCAAGAAGAGGAACCACCAACUGAUAACGGUAUUGCACCUAGUGGGGAGAUCAAAAAUGAAGGAGCACCUGCUGUUCAAGGGCCUGAUGUGGAAGCUUUUCAACAGGAACUGGCUCUGCUUAAGAUAGAGGAUGCACCUGGAGAUGGUCCUGAUGUCAGGGAGGGGACUCUGCCCACUUUUGAUCCCACUAAAGUGCUGGAAGCAGGUGAAGGGCAACUAUAGGUUUAAAGCAAGACAAAUGAAGACUGAAACCAAGAAUAUUGUUCUUAUGCUGGAAAUUUGACUGCUAACAUUCUCUUAAUAAAGUUUUA